CCCCACCCCGGGGCCAUAAAAAUCCCCCGGAGGCUCCGAAAUCCCCCGGGAGAUCCCAAAGGAGCGCGAGAGGAGCGGGAGAGCGGCCAUGGCCCCCAAGAAGGCGAAGCGCCGCGCGGCCGAGGGCAGCUCCAACGUCUUCUCCAUGUUCGACCAGACCCAGAUCCAGGAGUUCAAGGAGGCCUUCACGGUGAUCGACCAGAACCGCGACGGAAUCAUCGACAAGGAUGACCUCAGGGAGACCUUCGCCGCCAUGGGCCGGCUGAACGUGAAGAACGAGGAGCUGGACGCGAUGAUCAAAGAGGCCUCGGGGCCGAUCAACUUCACCGUGUUCCUCACCAUGUUCGGGGAGAAGCUCAAGGGGGCGGACCCCGAGGACGUCAUCAUGGGCGCGUUCAAGGUGCUGGACCCGGACGGGAAAGGCUCCAUCAAGAAGAGCUUCCUGGAGGAGCUGCUGACGACGCAGUGCGACCGCUUCACCCCCGAGGAGAUCAAGAACAUGUGGGCCGCCUUCCCGCCGGACGUGGCCGGCAACGUGGACUACAAGAACAUUUGUUACGUCAUCACCCACGGCGAGGACAAGGAGGGGGAGUAGGGACCCCGAAAAUCCAGGAAUUCACCCCAAAAAAUCCGGGAAUAAACCUGAAAAAAUGUGGGAAUUUA